GCCCCUUCUACCUUCCCUCCCAGAAGAUGUGCCUGUAUCCCUAGGCCUCAGUCUCCCCAUUUGUGCAAUGGGCACAGCUGUGCAGUGCUGCCCCACAAGUUGUAUGACAGAGGAUGGCUUAACCAGAAGCCACGGUGACAGUCAUGCCGGGUGGGAAGAAGAGGUUAAGGGGACCAAGGAGGAGCCUGGGAAAGCGGGUGGGCAAGUCCCCAGUCACUUGGGAAACUGGUUCAGCUAGUGUCUGCACUGCCACCCGCCGGCACACAAGUCAGGCUGUGAAAAGGGACAUGAGGCUGGGCCGGCUGACUCUGUCCUGGGGACACUGUCCCCAGGACCUCCACUGAGCUGGGCUGCUUCAGAGAGCCAGGGCUGGCGCUCUGGCCCCCUCGGUGCCAGGCCAUGGCCAGAGGACCUGAGAUGGAGACCCCUGCGGGAACCCUGGGCUGCUUCUCAGCGGGGCUCCUGCUGUCUGCCUCAGUCCUGGCACUCUGGCUGCCCCACGGCACCCAGGCAGCUCUCCGCAUCCAGAAGAUUCCAGAGCAUCCUCAAAAGAACCAGGACCUCCUCCUGUCCGUCCAGGGCGUCCCCAGCACCUUCCAGGACUUCAUGUGGUACCUGGGGGAGGAGGCCGACGGGGGCACAAGGCUGUUCACCUACAUCCCCGGGCUCCAGCGGCCCCAGCGGGACGGCAGCGCCAUGGGGCAGCGCGACAUUGUGGGCUUCCCCAACGGCUCCAUGCUGCUGCGGCGGGCCCAGCCUUCAGACAGCGGCACCUACCAGGUGGCCAUCGCCGUCAACCCCGCCUGGACCUUGCGGGCCAAGACCAAGGUCCGGGUGGCCAAGAGGCAGGAGGACCUGCCCACCGCCACCACACACCUAUCCAUGAGCCCGGGCGUCAUGGUGGCCGCCAUUGUGGGGCCUCUGGCCGCUGGGGCCCUGCUCGUGAGCAGCAUCACCUGCCUCCUGGUUUUGAGAGACCGCAGGGGCCCAAGCUCCAGGGCGACGACCACAGGGAAGCCGGAGCUGAGCCCCCACCCUGACCCUGGUGACAACAUUUAUGAAGUAAUGCCAUCUCGGCACCCCCUGGGGUCCCCUGCCAGUGACGCGGGGCCCGUGAACUCAGCCACGCCCCCCAGCGUGCCCCCGCCCCUGCCACCAGAGCCGGAGAAUCACCACUACCAGGACCUGCUGAACCCCGACUCUGCCCCUUACUGCCAGCUGGUGCCCACGUCUUCCUGAGGGCGCCCGGGAGCCGGGCCUUCCUGGGCCGGGGGUAACACUGCAGAAAACACCCGCAGGACGAGGCCAUGAGGCUCCAGUGAGGUAGAUGGGGCCACACACCCUGCGCUGGCUAGCACAGGGCAGGGCAGGGACAGGCCCAGCUCCUCACGUGGCCUUGUGUCUGCAGAAGCCAGCACCGCCUCCGCUGGGCCAUAGCCCCAUCCGGAUAUCCUGGGGCCCUCGGUGGCCUCAUGGGCACCCACGUGCCAGGCUCCCAGCUCUUUAUCCUCAGCAUCCCAACCCACUCCACUGGGGUCAGGUGGCCCCCACCACAGAAUCUGCUGCCGACUUCUGGGUAUCGGCACCCCGCCCAUCCCAACCUCUCAGGGCAGCAGCUGAUCCCAGCCCAAGCGUGGCUCAGCUUUUCACUCCAACUCCCUCACUCACUCAGCAAUAAAUGAGCUCUUGCUGUAUGCAGGCACCAUGGAGGCCUUUGAAGCUGGGGCAGGAAACAGCACAUGCAAACUCCUACUCACCCGGAGGAACUCUGGGGCACAAGAGAGAAUUCAAAAAAUGAAACAACUACCUGGCAACUGCCCCAAGGAAAAUCGAGAAGGGAGGAGGACCUAGAGAUUGGGAAUUGGGAGAGCAGAGAAGGCCUCACCAAGGUGACAAAUAAGCAGAAAUCUGAAGGAGGAAAAGAGGGCCCCGGGGUGGUCCUAGAGAGAGAGCAUCCCACCCACAGAGCAGCAGGGAGACGGUGCGGUGGAAGCAGAGAGAGGGAAGGGAAAAGGAAGGGAAACGAGGUUGCAGAGAUGGGAGGGGCGGAUCGUGCAGGGCCAUGUCAGACGCAAGCCUGCAGUCCCAGCAGUUGGGAGGCUGACGCAGGAGGAUCCCAAAUAGCAAUUUGGAGAGACCUUGUCUCAAAAUUGAAAAGCUGAAAAUGAGCUGAGGUUGUGGCUCAGUGGGAAGGCCCUGGGUCCAAUCCUCGUACUGAAAAAACAAAAAGGAGUUCUGUAGGGUGAGAAGGCUGUGUAACCAGACGAUGUCACUCAAAGCUGUCUACAUCCUAAUCGCGGCUGAACGUCACCUCAGAUGACAAAAGACAGCAGCCACGCUUACACCCAGGAUCUGGAGAUGGGAGGCGACCCUGAGUUUCCCGGGGUGCCCGGGGUCCCCCCAUAUGUCAUCAUAGACCCCUUGGAGAGGGACAAGGGGAGAGUCAGGCCGGAAGGAGCUGUGAGCACGGCAGGGGCAGAGCUGGCAGGAUGCGCGUCCCGGAGGCGGGAUACACUUGCUGGAGACCCAGGAGUGAGGGUUAAGCCUCGGAGCACAGGGAGUGCUGGAAAAGCAGACACACAGAGCUCAGGAUGAGCACAGCCGAGGCAGCCAAGGACACGGGCUGCUGACACCCGUUCCAGAGCAACAGAGCCGCUGACCUCAGAGAGCAGAGUCCUCUUCACUGGCACAGUUUACACUUAGAGAAGUCUUUGAACGGACUCCCAAGGUCCUGUUCAGUUCCUGAGCUGCCUCUGUAUCCCCCCCUGUGGCUGAUUAAAAACACGUGGGGUUCUGGUGUUCUUUGUCUCAACCCCCAGGGAAUCACGAAUUCCGUGUGAGGGUUUUGACCUUCCUGGAGCCCUGAAAUCAUACACUUCACUCAUUUAGGAGGUUGCCUCAUCAGUCCGAGAUGGCACAGGCCAGUCCCCUACCCCACCCGGGCAGAGCAGCGGUGCCACAGGAGACAGUUCCCAUCAGCCCUUGAGAGCUGUGAUGACACAGAGCCCUCUCGAAGCAGAAAAGGCAAGGACACAGCUUCUCCCCUCAAGCCACCAGCAAGCUCCCAGCCCCGCCAACACCUUCACUCCAGAAACCCACUCUAGUUUGUUUUGGUUUUGUUUGCGAGAUAGGAUCUGUGUAGCUCAGGCCGGCCUCAAAAUCUUGGCGAUCUUCCUGCCUCAGCCUCCCGAGUGCUAAGAUUACAGGUGUCCAACACCAAGCCCAGCGAGAUUACUUUAGGCUCUGGACCACCUGAGCUGUAAAAUAAUAAACGUGUGUUGGCUUAAA